GCAUACACGUGUUAUCUUUCAAUGCAUGUCUCGCGGAUGGUGAACCCACAAACCGGAAACGCUCCGACGAAAAUCAGAACAGCUUGCAACACUGCAAAGGAGUUAAGGACUUACUGCACAGACUGAAAGGUGAUGGAUUGAUGACAGUGUCCUCCGCCUCCGCCUACAUUCUUUAACCUCAAAAGUGGGGGAGUGUAGUUAAACAUGGCAGAUGCCCAUGAUCCAACUAUUUGCAAACGCUCAGGAUCAGAUCAAAAGAAGUUUAAACUUUCCCCCAAACGAAAGAGUCACAGACUGUCGUCCCACAAGUGAACAUUGAAUCAGCACUUGGCGUGAAGUGAAGGCCUCAAAAGGACUGAAAAGUGAUGCAGAGGUGGCCCUGACUCUGCGCGAUAAGUGUGGGUUUGUGUUUCUCUGUAUGAAGAAUGAAGACGUUGUUCGCCAAAUCAGAUUCCUCUGGACCCGCUGAUAAAAAGAUGAAGUUGUCCCAGUCUGAGGUGCAGAGGCUGAUCGAGCAGGAGGUUCAAACUGCGCUGAAAAAGAAAGAAAACAAGCUGCUGGGUUUAUUAGGAACAAUUCAGGAGCUGGAUGAAUCGCUCAACUACAAAAGCUCUAUCCAAAAAUUGGAGGAACGGAUAAACACCGUAACCAAGAGAGCGGAAGCAGCUAUCGCCUUCAUGACACAGAAAGAGAGCCCAGGGCCAUCUCUUAAUGAUGUCAAUUUGAAAAGGGCAGACACUGUGGGGAAAAAAAUGGAAAUCCCAACUGUUGACAAAAAAGGCAUUGAGAGCAUGGAAGCCAAUGAGGAGCUCUUAAAUAUGAUGAAAAGCACGAAAAGAGCAUUAACAAAGAUGCAAGAAGACAAUGAAUCUUUGAAGGUCGCCAUAGCUGAUUUAAGAGAGGAGCUGCCUUUUCCGUCUACUAACGGCUCUCCGGCAAGUGAGGGAACUCAAAUACUUAUUAAGAAAGAGCCGGAUCAUGUGGUGGAAAAAAUAAAAGUAGAGGAAACAAAGCAGUGUGAGGAACCAACGGCUAAGAGGGUGAAAGCAGAAAGUCUUUCUCCCGACCAUAGUAGCAGACCCAAGCAAACAGACACCAAGCAGGACACGCUCUCGUAUCCUCCUCUGCCCUUAAAACCCUUCCCCCCCGUCCUAAGCAUGGAGGUGGCUUCAUACAACAUCCCCGGGAGACCGAAAGUGGAUUUGGCUUUCAUCAAGAACCCCGCCACCCUCUCUGUGCUCUGGGACGUGGAGGAUAAAGGCCAACCAGCACCACCCAUGGAUAGAUACUGCCUCUUCAUCACUACGGAGAAUGUAAAAGGUAGCGGUGUCUUUCCGAGUUGGACAGCCCUUGGGGAGGUGGCAGCCAUCCCACUACCCAUGUGUGUGAUGCUUAGCAAAUACAAGCCCGGCCACAAGGUUUGUGUCGCUGUGAUUGGCAAAGACAAGUUUGGCCGGUACGGACCUUAUAGUAAAGUUGUGUCCAAAGCCAUACCCGAGUAGGAUAUGAGGUCAAGGGAGAAAGACAACACAAACAGCUACUUCACUAAGGGUUUUUCACAUGAAGGACAUUGUUUUCUAAACAUUUCAUGACAUGAAGAGCAUCGAAAGGACACCAUUUUUUUUUUGUGCCUUUAAGCAAUAUUACAUUUUCUUUUGAGAAAAGUGAAAUAUAUAAUAGCAUCCAAUGUUAAAAGAGAGUUCCCUACGGUCCUCCAGCAACGUUUACGUUACCAAUGGGAGCAGUGUCAAUAUGUAUACCUUUUCUUACCAUUUAUGCCAUAAAAUGGUUAAGCCUUAUUUGGGAAGUAUUUUUUAUAAUGUACGUUGAUGUUAUUAUUCAUUGAGUUACUUGAAGUUGAAAAUGUAUACUCUGAAUGGUCAAUUGUUGAACUCUAAAGAACAAAACUAUAUUAA